AUGGGGGGGAGCACGCGGAGCCCAAGGGUCCUGCAAGGGGACAACGCUUCCGGCCAGUCACCGUAUGAGAGGUUAAGUCGGAGGAUGCUGGACAUUUCGGGGGACCGGGGCGUGCUGAAGGACGUCAUCCGAGAGGGUGCUGGAGAGCUGGUGACCCCGGAUGCUUCCGUGCUAGUGAAAUAUUCUGGAUAUCUGGAGCACAUGGAUAAGCCUUUUGAUUCUAAUUGCUAUAGGAAAACCCCCCGGCUGAUGAAACUCGGAGAGGAUAUUACCCUCUGGGGCAUGGAGUUGGGCCUUCUAAGCAUGCGGAGAGGAGAGCUGGCCAGGUUUCUGUUCAAACCAACCUAUGCCUAUGGAACACUGGGCUGCCCUCCCUUGAUCCCCCCAAACACCACUGUCCUAUUCGAGAUUGAGCUGCUUGACUUCCUGGACUCUGCUGAGUCAGACAAGUUUUGUGCCCUUUCAGCUGAGCAACAAGAUCAAUUUCCACUUCAGAAGGUCCUAAAAGUGGCAGCUACUGAACGGGAGUUUGGCAACUACCUUUUCCGCCAAAAUCGUUUCUAUGAUGCCAAAGUGAGAUACAAACGGGCCUUGUUGCUUCUUCACCGACGAUCAGCUCCUCCUGAAGAGCAGCACCUGGUGGAAGCAGCUAAGCUUCUUGUUCUCCUUAACCUAUCCUUUACAUACCUGAGGCUGGAGCGACCCACCACGGCUCUGCGCUACGGAGAACAGGCUCUGCUCAUUGACCAGAAGAAUGCUAAGGCCCUCUUCCGGUGUGGACAGGCCUGUCUUUUCAUGACUGAGUAUGAGAAGGCCCGAGAUUUUCUAGUGCGAGCCCAGAAGGAACAACCCUUCAAUCAUGAUAUCAAUAAUGAACUGAAGAAACUGGCUAGUUACUACAGGGACUACACAGAUAAAGAAAAAGAAAUGUGUCACCGAAUGUUCACUCCUAAUGAUAACGGCUCUACAGUAGGAGAAAAUUGAAGAUUCUUCAGCUAAACUACAGACAAGAGCGGCCAGGCUGCUGGAGUUCUCCGUCAGUGGGGCUAGGGGGCUUUCUGGAAAGAACUUCCCAGUGCAUGCUAUUGUGGGGACACGCCUGGAAGUUGGAGCUGGAAUUUCACAGCCCUGGGCCAUUGCCUCAUCUCUGACUGACGCUGCUGAAAUGUGUUUUCACAGGUGCUGUUUUCUGUUUCACGUUUUCAUACACAGAGUAGGGGAAAGUGUAGCUACUGACAAGUAGAAAAAUGCUAU